AUGUCUAACGUCUACUUUCCCUAUUCCAAGGCUCCGCUUAGGACCAUAGCCGAGAUUCAGUUCGGCUUGUUCAGUCCUGAAGAAAUCAAGCGGAUGAGUGUGGUCCAUGUCGAGUAUCCAGAGACCAUGGACGAUCAAAGACAACGCCCACGUACUAAGGGUCUCAAUGAUCCGCGUUUGGGGACUAUUGACCGACAAUGGAACUGUGAAACUUGUGAAGAAGGUCAGAAGGAAUGCCCUGGGCAUUUCGGACACAUCGAGCUUGCGACUCCGGUCUUUCAUAUCGGAUUCUUGACGAAAAUCAAGAAGUUGCUUGAGACGGUCUGCCACAACUGUGGAAAGAUCAAAGCCAACACGUCUGAUCCGAAGUUCUUAGAUGCCCUGCGGAUUCGGGACCCGAAGCGCCGGUUUGACCAUAUCUGGCGACUCUCGAAGGAUAUUCUGAUUUGCGAGGCUGACCCACCACCGGAAGACGACGAGUACGGGAAAGAAAGUUCGAAGCCUGUCAGAUUGCACGGCGGAUGCGGCAAUGCGCAGCCCACUGUUCGAAAGGAAGGGAUAACGCUUGUGGGAACGUGGAAGCCAUCGAAGAGCAUGAUGGAUGAGAUGGACAUGCAACAACCCGAGAAGAAGAUAAUCACUCCGCAAAUGGCGCUGAAUAUCUUCCGCAACAUCUCUCACGAGGAUGUUCGCAUCAUGGGCUUGAGUAACGACUAUGCGCGUCCCGAGUGGAUGAUUCUCACCGUCUUGCCGGUUCCACCUCCUCCCGUUCGCCCAAGUGUAGUUGUUGGAGGUAGCACUUCUGGUCAGCGUGGUGAGGACGAUUUGACCUAUAAACUGGCUGAAAUCGUCCGAGCAAACCAAAAUGUCCAGCGUUGCGAACAAGAAGGCGCGCCUGAACACGUUGUGCGCGAGUUUGAGUCUUUGCUACAGUACCACAUUGCUACUUACAUGGACAACGAUAUCGCUGGUCAGCCAAAGGCUAUGCAGAAGUCAAACAGACCUGUCAAAGCGAUUCGGAGCCGUCUAAAGGGUAAGGAGGGCCGUUUGCGGCAGAACUUGAUGGGGAAGCGUGUAGACUUCUCUGCUCGUACUGUGAUUACUGGUGAUCCAAAUCUGUCGCUCGAUGAAGUCGGCGUUCCGAAGAGUAUUGCCAGAACACUGACCUACCCUGAAGUUGUUACUCCUUAUAACAUCGAGAAACUGCAGCAGCUAGUCAUGAACGGUCCGAACGAGCAUCCUGGGGCACGAUACAUUGUCCGAGAUAAUGGCGAGCGCAUCGAUCUUCGGCAUGCAAAGCGUGCAGGCGGGCAACAACUCUUGUACGGCUGGAAAGUUGAGCGUCAUCUCAUGGAUGGGGACGUGAUUCUGUUUAACCGACAGCCCUCCCUUCACAAAGAAUCUAUGAUGGGACAUCGUGUUCGUGUCAUGCCUUAUUCAACUUUCAGACUCAAUCUUUCUGUAACCAGUCCAUACAACGCUGAUUUUGACGGUGAUGAAAUGAACUUGCACGUUCCGCAGAGUGAAGAGUCUCGAGCGGAACUUCAACAACUCGCACUGGUGCCGCAAAACAUCGUGUCUCCUCAACGAAAUGGACCCCUUAUGGGUAUUGUGCAGGAUACGCUUUGCGGUAUCUACAAGAUCUGCCGUCGCGAUGUCUUCCUGACCAAAGAGCAAGUGAUGAACAUCAUGAUGUGGGUUCCUGACUGGGAUGGCGUUAUUCCACCACCUGCGAUUUUCAAGCCCAGACCCAGGUGGACAGGAAAACAGAUGAUUAGCAUGGUAUUCCCGUCGGGUCUCAAUCUCAUGCGCACUGAUUCUAAAGGCGCAGCUCCUUCUUCUGAGAAGUACUCUCCUCUCCAGGAUGGGAACGUCCUCAUUCAUGAAGGCCAGUUGAUGUAUGGGAUGCUCAACAAAAAGAUCGUUGGUGCGAGUGGAGGUGGUGUCAUCCACAUCAUCUUCAAUGAAUAUGGGGCAGAUGCUGCUGUGGCAUUCUUUAAUGGCGCGCAGGCCAUUGUUAACUACUGGCUGCUACACAACGGUUUCAGUAUCGGUAUUGGUGAUACUAUCCCCAACGACCAGACUAUUCAAGCCAUUGAGGAGUGUGUGCGCAAGCGGAAACUGGAAGUUGAGGAGAUUACUGCCACUGCGACUCAGAAUAAGCUCGAACCCCUUCCCGGUAUGAACGUGCGUGAAACAUUUGAGAGUAAGGUCUCUGUCGCUCUCAACACGGCGCGUGAUGAAGCUGGUACUGCCACCGAGAAGAGUUUGAAGGAUUUGAACAAUGCUGUCCAAAUGUCGCGAUCUGGAUCUAAGGGUUCUAUCAUUAACAUCUCGCAAAUGACUGCUGUCGUCGGUCAGCAAAUGGUCGAAGGCAAGCGUAUUGCUUUUGGAUUUAAAUACCGCACUCUUCCUCACUUCACAAAAGACGACUACUCUCCAGAAUCCAGGGGCUUUGUGGAAAAUUCAUACCUUCGUGGCUUGACUCCGACUGAAUUUUUCUUCCACGCUAUGGCUGGUCGAGAAGGUCUCAUCGAUACUGCUGUCAAGACUGCUGAAACUGGUUACAUCCAGCGUAAGCUAGUUAAGGCUCUUGAAGAAGUUAUGGUCAAAUAUGACGGCACCGUCCGUAACUCUCUGGGAGACAUCAUUCAGUUCAUUUAUGGAGAGGACGGUCUCGAUGGCGCACAUAUUGAGCACCAGAAGGUUGAUAUUCUUACAUGUUCCGAUGAGAAGUUUAAGGAGCGGUUCCGGAUUGACCUCAUGGAUCCUGCCCUCAGCCUAGGCCCGGAUGUACUGGAGCAGGCCAAUGAGAUUGCUGGAGAUGUUGAAGUCCAAAGAUACCUGGACCAGGAGUGGGAAGAGUUGUUGAAGGCUCGAGAAGUUGUUCGCCAUGUUGCGAAGGGCACGGAAGAUUCAAUGCCACUUCCUAUCAACAUUCAGCGGAUUCUAGAAAUGGCUCGAACCACUUUCAGAAUUCGCGAGGGAACGAUGAGCGAUUUGCAUCCAGCGGAGGUUAUUCCCCAGGUGCAAUCGCUUCUCGAUAGGCUUGUGAUUGUGCGUGGUGAUGAUCCCAUCUCAAAAGAGGCGCAGGAGAGUGCGACAAUGCUAUUCAAGGCGCAAUUACGCAGUCGCCUUGCGUUCAAGAGACUGGUAACUCAGUAUUCUAUGAACAAAUUGGCCUUCCAACACGUUCUUGGUGCCAUUGAAUCGCGUUUUGCUAAGGCAGCCGCCGCUCCUGGUGAGAUGGUAGGCGUUCUAGCAGCUCAGUCAAUUGGUGAACCGGCCACUCAGAUGACAUUGAACACUUUCCAUUUCGCCGGUGUCUCGUCCAAGAACGUUACACUUGGUGUACCCCGUCUGAAGGAAAUCUUAAACGUUGCGACAAACAUCAAGACUCCCUCUAUGACAGUUUACCAAGAGCCUGAGAGGGCCCAUGACAAGGAGGGAGCUAAGCAGCUUCGAAGUGCCGUCGAAUACACAAACCUACGCUCCAUUACAGAGGCCACGGAGAUCUACUAUGAUCCAGACAUUCAGACCACGGUUAUUGAGAACGAUCGCGACAUGGUAGAGUCAUAUUUCAUCAUUCCGGAGGAUGUUAACGACGACUCUUCUCGUCAGUCCAAGUGGCUGCUCCGUAUCAUAUUGAGUCGUGCCAAGCUUCUUGACAAAGGACUCACUGUGCAGGACGUUGCUACUAAGAUCAAGCAGGCGUAUCCGAGGGAUAUUGCUGUGAUUUUUAGUGAUAACAACGCCGACGAGCAGGUCAUUCGUAUCCGCCAGAUCCAGGACUAUAAGGAAGAUGAGGAUGACGAUGAUAUUGAGUACGAUGUCACCUUGAAGAAGCUUGAACAACACCUUCUGGACACUCUGAACCUUCGCGGUGUUCCUGGUGUUGAACGUGCUUUCAUCAAUGAGAAGAAGAAGAUCAGAGUACAGGAAGACGGGGCCUUGACGGAUGAGCAGUCAGACCCAUUGUGCAGAGAGUGGAUCCUUGAAACAAGCGGCUCAUCCCUCGCUGAGGUUCUGGCAAUUCCAGGUGUCGAUGCCACUCGGACAUACUCAAACCAGUUCAUUGAGGUUUUCGAAGUGUUCGGUAUUGAAGCUGCGCGGGCAGCCGUCCUUCGCGAGUUUACGGUGGUGUUGUCCUUCGACGGAUCCUAUGUUAACCAUCGUCAUUUGGCGCUUUUGGUGGAUGUGAUGACUAUGCGUGGCUAUCUGACCCCGGUUACUCGCCAUGGAAUCAACCGUGCCGAUAAUGGUGCACUUAUGCGCUGCUCCUUUGAAGAGACUGUUGAGAUCCUUCUGGAAGCUGCCGCUUUUGGCGAACUUGACGAUUGCCGCGGUGUGUCAGAGAACCUGAUUCUGGGACAGAUGGCUCCUGCGGGCACAGGGGAGUUCGAUAUUUACCUUGACCAGAAUAUGCUGAACACUGUCGUAUCGAACAACGCUCGUUAUGGAGUGAUGGGAGCUUUGGGAGCAAAAGAUGCGAUCAUAUCUGAUGGCGCCGCGACCCAGUAUGACACCGGAUCUCCUAUGCAAGAAAGUGCCUACAUUGGAACUCCUGAUCCCGACUCGAACUUUUCUCCAAUUCGCCAGGCGGGCGCCGAAACCCCCGGUGGGUUCACCGAAUACCAGCCUUCUGGUGGCUUUGGUGGAUUCAGCCCUGCAGCCACCAGCCCAGCAGGUUACUCGCCCAGCAGCCCCUUCAGUGCCAACCCUACAUCGCCUGGCUAUUCCCCAACCUCCAGCUACUCCCCCACCUCUCCUGGCAUGGGUAUCACAAGCCCGCGCUUCAUGACAUCCCCGGGUUUCUCCCCCGCCAGUCCGUCAUUUGCGCCGACAUCCCCGGCCUACUCGCCUACAUCGCCAGCUUAUGGGCAGGCUUCGCCGACGUCGCCAUCAUACUCUCCAACCUCGCCUGGGUUCUCACCAACGUCGCCGAACUACAGCCCUACAUCGCCAAGCUUCAGUCCAACUUCACCUGCAUUUAGCCCAACGUCGCCAAGCUAUAGUCCGACUAGCCCGGCUAUCGGUGGUGCUCGGCAUUUAUCUCCAACUUCGCCUACUUCUCCGAAGUACACACCUACGUCUCCCGGGUGGUCACCCACGAGCCCCCAGACGUACUCUCCCACGUCACCCAACUUUGCCGGCUCGCCGACUUCGCCCGGUGGACCAACAUCCCCUGGUUACAGCCCUACGUCGCCGGCAUUCAGCCCCACCUCUCCUCGCCAGUAA